AAAAAGAGCGCCUACACUUGCGCCCCCGACUCUCGCUACGUUUCUCCCUCCGAGAAUUGACAGCUCCCUGAAAAGACAAAAUGGAAAUCGACGAGCCAAACCCUAGCCCUAGCCCUGGCCCUAACGAACCGCCUCGAAUCCGGCGUCUCGAUCCGACGGUGGUGAACAGGAUCGCCGCAGGGGUUCAGCGGCCGUCGUCGGCGGUGAAGGAGCUGGUGGAGAACAGCCUCGACGCCGGCGCCACCUCCGUCUCCGUCGUCGUCAAGGAUGGAGGCCUCAAGCUCAUCCAGGUCUCCGACAACGGUCACGGCAUCAGAUAUGAAGACUUGCCAAUACUUUGCGAAAGGCACACUACAUCAAAGUUAUCUAAAUAUGAGGAUCUGCAGACUAUUAGAUCAAUGGGAUUUAGAGGUGAGGCAUUGUCGAGCAUGACAUAUGUUGGCCAUGUCACUGUCACAACAAUAACUGAAGGUCAACUUCAUGGAUACAGGGUUUCUUAUAGAGAUGGAGUAAUGGAAAAUGAACCAAAGCCCUGUGCUGCAGUGAAAGGAACUCAGAUAAUGGUUGAGAACCUAUUUUACAAUAUGACUGCACGUAGAAAGACAUUGCAGAACUGUAACGAUGAGUAUCCUAAGAUUGUUGACCUGAUGAGUCGCUUUGCAAUUCAUAACAUUAAUGUGAGCUUUUCUUGCAGAAAGCAUGGGGCAAACAGAGCAGAUGUUCACACAGUCACUGCUUGCUCAAAGCUGGAUGCUAUCAGAACUGUUUAUGGCGUUUCUGUCGCUCGCGAUUUAAUGGAAAUUACGGUUUCAGAUGACAGUGCUACUGGAUCUACCUUUAAGAUGGAUGGUUUUAUUUCAAAUUCAAAUUAUACCGCAAAGAAAACAACGAUGGUUCUGUUUAUUAAUGACAGGCUUGUUGAGUGUACUACCCUGAAGAGAGCUAUAGAAGUCGUAUAUGGUGCCACUUUACCAAAAGCAUCGAAACCUUUCAUUUAUAUGUCAAUCAGUCUUCCACCUGAGCAUGUAGAUGUGAAUAUACAUCCAACAAAGAGAGAGGUUAGCCUCUUGAACCAGGAAAGUCUGAUUGACACAAUACAGAAUGCUGUUGAGAACAAGUUGAUGACCUCUAACACUUCUAGGACAUUUCAGACGCAGGCUGUAAAUUCCCUGUCAGCGAGUCACGUCAGUGCGAGCAAGGAAACUCAGGAAGGAUCCAAAUUUUCUGGGAUAAAAUCUCAGCGAGUUCCAGUAAAUCAAAUGGUCAGAACAGAUUCACGUGAUCCUUCUGGCAGAUUGCAUGCAUAUAUGAAAGAGGUAUCUGGUUCACAAUACAAAAAACCCGAUCUGGCUUCAGUGAGAACUGCUAUAAGAUUACGAAGGAACCCUAAGGACACUGAAGAUUUAACUGCUGUAAAUGAGCUUGUUAGAGAUAUUGACAAUAAUGUCCAUUCUGGUCUCUGGGACAUUGUAAAAAAUUGCACAUAUAUUGGACUUGCUGAUGAAACUUUUGCGUUGCUUCAGUACAAUACCCAUCUUUAUCUUAUGAAUGUGGUGAAUGUCAGCAAAGAGCUUAUGUAUCAACAAGCUGUAAGUAAAUUUGGAAAAUUCAAUGCCAUCCAGCUAAGUGAUCCAGCUCCUCUUCCGGAGUUGUUAAUAAUGGCACUGAAAGAGGAAGACUUGGAUUCUACUGGUGAUGAGGAUGAUGAUCUGAAAAAGAAGAUCGCAGAAAUGAACACUGAGUUGCUAAAGCAGAAAGCUGAAUUGCUGGACGAUUACUUCUGUGUCCACAUUGAUCAUCAAGGCAACCUGACAAGGCUUCCUGUUGUACUUGACCAAUAUACUCCUGAUAUGGACCGUCUUCCAGAGUUUUUGCUGAGCUUGGGUAAUGAUGUUGACUGGGACAAUGAGAGUGAAUGCUUUCAAACAAUUGCAGCUGUUAUUGGAAACUUCUACGCGAUGAAUCCGCCUAUUUUGCCAAAUCCUUCUGGUGAUGGAGUUCAAUUCUACAAGAGAAAUAGAACUCAAAUUGAAAAUAUUAGUGACGCAGGGACCAAAUCAGCCACUCCUGAUGAUGUUGGAGAAAAUGAUAUUGAUCAGGAACUCCUUGCUGAGGCCAAAGCAGCAUGGGCUCAGCGUGAGUGGACAAUUCAACACGUUUUGUUCCCAGCUAUGAGACUAUUUCUUAAGCCACCAAAUGCUAUGGCCACCAAUGGAACUUUCGUGCAGGUUGCUUCACUGGAGAAGCUCUACAAAAUUUUUGAACGAUGUUGAAAGUAAGUUCUCAGCGAAAUUGAUGCCGUCACAUUUGGGAAGAAAUGCUUCUGACAUAUUGGAGGUCGAUUUAGUUAAAAAAUGUGCCCUCGGCUUUUGUAAAGAAAAGUUGUAUGCCAUGUAAAAACUUUCAACGUUCAUGUUAAUUUCUGCUUUUGGAAACUACGAUCAUGAUCAUCAAAUUGCUGCUGUAGAUGAAGCAUUUUUGUAUGGUCCUUUUUUGUAUGAAUGUCCUUUUUGUGUUCCUUACGUAA